AUGUCAGAACCCCUUCAGCCAGUCACCACAGAGACAGCGGAUGAACACAACCAACAUAUUGUUAGUCCACCUACUUUCACUUCAAAGGCUAUCAAGGAGUACAUAAAGACGAGAUUUACAUCAUUAUGGGUAGGUAAAGAGGCGUUGAAUAAAUACCCCUGGUACGAAAUUUGCAAUCCCUUUCACCCAUUAAUGGGAUUGACUGCUCAUCAAUGGAAUUUUUUCUUUUUGGGCUUUUGGGGUUGGACAUGGGACGCGUUUGAUUUUUUCAUUACAAGCUUGAAUGUUACAAACAUUGCCGAAGAUUUACAAGUGUCAACUAAAGAUGUUACUUGGGGGAUCACAUUAGUGUUGAUGUUCAGGACAGUUGGGGCUGCUAUUUUCGGAGCUAUUGGGGAUAAUUUUGGUAGGAAAUUGCCAUAUAUUCUCAAUAUGAUCUUGCUUAUGCUGAUUCAAAUAGGAACCGGGUUUGUCACAACCUAUUCCCAAUUUCUUGGUGUAAGAGCCUUAUUUGGUAUUGCCAUGGGAGGAAUUUAUGGCAAUUGUUCAGCCGAGGCUCUUGGGGAUGCACCACGGAAGGCAAGAGGCAUAUUAUCGGGAAUUUUCCAAUCAGGCUGGCCAACUGGCUAUUUACUUGCCGUAUGUUUCCAACGGGCAUUUGAAAUGACUGAGAAAACCUGGCAAAACAUGUUUUUCUUUUCAGCAGGUGUACCAGUUAUAUUCAUUAUUUGGAGACUUUUCAAUUCUGAGACAUAUGUUUAUCAACGCCAGAAAGCGAGAUUUCAUGAAGGGGCAAUCCAGAAGGAGUCAAAGAUAGCUGAGUUCAGGCAUCAAGCAUCAAAGGCCAUGAGAACUUACUGGUUGAUCAUCAUAUACUUGGUAUUGAUGAUGUCUGGCUUCAACUUUUCAUCCCAUGGCUCACAAGAUUUGUAUCCAACUAUGUUGACAAGUGAAUAUGAAUACGGUAGAGAUAGAGCUGCAGUGGUUAAUGUCUGUGCCAAUUUGGGAGGAAUAUUUGGUAGCAUAAUCAUAUCCCACCUUUCAACGUACUUUGGCAGACGUACGCUUAUUAUUUGUGCCAAUACUUUUGGCGGUGCAUUCCUUUAUCUUUGGGCAUUUAAGCCCACUUGGAUCACCGCUUUCCUCAUGCAAUUUGGGACUCAAGGUGCUUGGUCGGUAGUGCCAAUACACUUGAAUGAAUUGGCACCUCCUCAAUUUAGAUCUUUUGUUGUUGGUGUUUCUUAUCAAUUAGGUAACUUGAUCAGUUCAGCUAGUGCAACCAUUGAAGCCACAAUGAAUGAAACGUUGCACGAUUUGGGUAAAACAAUGGCCAUAUUCGAGGGAGCUGUUUUAUGCUAUUUGAUACCUAUUGUGUUUAUAGGUCCAGAGCAUAAAGGUGCAGAGUUGGGAGUUGAGAGAGAUGAUAGGAUGUGUGAUAAUGACUUCGUGCCAGAGGAUAGGAAGGGUUCCGAUGUUGAGAUGGUGCCUGAGAUAGUCGAAGAUGUAAAGCAAGAGAAGGCUUAA